GGGUCUCCGGGCGGCCACGUGCGGCGCCAGCAGGGCGCUCCGUGCAUAAGAGGGCGCCGCGGGGGCUGCCCUGGCACGGUCGGUCCCUGCCUCUUGGAGACUCUGGUCGCCUCUUCUGCGGCUUUCGGUGCAGAGCCGGGCGUUCGCCUGUCUGCAUCCACAUCAUCACCACCGCCUUCAUCCUCCUCCUCCAGUUAGGGGACUAGCCAUGCUGCACUGGGGAUACGAUGAGGACAACGGACCUUCUCAUUGGAAGGAAGUCUUCCCCAUUGCUAAUGGAGACCGUCAAUCUCCCAUUGAUAUCCGAACUCAAGACACGAAAUAUGACCCCACUCUGCGUCCUCUCAGACCUAACUAUGAUCCUACGUCUGCUAAAGUCAUUCUUAACAAUGGACACUCCACUAGUGUGGAAUUUGAUGACACUGAAAACAAAUCAGUGCUGAGUGGGGGUCCACUCAUUGGAAACUAUAGGCUGCGGCAGAUUCAUUUCCACUGGGGGCCCAGUGAUGACAUUGGCUCUGAGCAUGCAGUGGACGGAACAAAAUUCGCAGCAGAGCUUCAUGUGGUCCAUUGGAAUGCAGAAAAAUACUCCACUUUUGUUGAGGCUGCUCGCCAGCCAGAUGGAUUAGCAGUCAUGGCUGUUUUCUUAAAGGUGGGUGAGUGUAACUCACAGCUGAAGAAAAUCACAGACCUUUUGGAUGUGAUUAAAGUUAAGGGUAAGCAGCGCACAUUCACCAACUUUGACCCCUCCUGGUUGCUCCCUCACUCUCUGGACUACUGGACUUACCUUGGCUCUCUGACUGUUCCUCCUCUUCUUGAAAGUGUUAUCUGGAUCAUUCUCAGAGAGCCUAUAAACAUUUGCUCCGAACAGCUGGCAAAAUUCCGCAGCAUCCUUUGUACUGGUGAUGGAGAAGUGGCCUGCCGCAUGCUGAAAAAUUUUAGACCCCCACAGCCUUUAAGGGGCCGGGAAGUGAGAAGAAACUAAAGGAGGAGCAAAAGCAAAGAUGAUCCGUAGCAACUGGGGCAUUCUUUAGGAAGGCUAUCUUAUGUUGUUUUGUGUUUUUCUUUGUAAAUGAUUUUAAAGCUCAAGAAACCUUAUCAUUUAGGACAUGACCCAGCCAAUAUUAUUGUCAGUCCUGUUGAUUUUUGCUGGCAGUGAUUUAAGCAUGUGCUUAAUUUUCCCACUGAAACCAACAGGGCUAUAAAUUCUGGAUUGUGCCAUAAUUUUAAACAGAUAAGUAAUAUUUUAGCUCAGGCGUUUUAAUGAAUAGGUACUUUUUUGUUGCUGUUGAGCUAUGGCAGGCACAUAUUACUUAUUACAAAGAGCAGAGUUUGAAUUAUACACAAUAAAGCUAGAUAUUAUUGUAUUGUAAUUGAUCGAGAGACAGUCAUUUGAGCAAAAUGGAGUUGUUCAGAGUUACAGCACUUGAGACAGUGUUCUUCUGUUCUGCAGCCUUAAUGAGCUUUCCCACCCUGCCUGAGUGCACUGUAACGUUCGGGGAUGGUGUGAUUGGCUGAAAAUCAAUUGGAGAUGGUUUAGGAGGACAGAGUUAAGUGAUCCCUUUCAGUCCCUUUGAACUCCUUGUGAGUCCACGUGGCUUUUCCCAAAGACCUGUGGGAGUUGCAGGUUAAACAUUCGGCACAGGUCCCCUGAGGCAUCUCCCCUUUGACGCUGAGGAAAAGUAAAUAAGCUGUUCCUAAACAUCUCCCAGUGUCUAUAGCUAAGUAUUAGAGUAUUUUAAAUAUGGGUGAUAUUGUUAAAAGCCCUCGGAGUUUUACCUUUUUGCUUCAGUUGCAGGGGACCUUCAUCUGUUGCUUUCAUCACCUCGGAAUGCUAUCGGAACAGUUUGAAAAAAGAGUCUUGAAGGCGCAGCAGCCUCCAGUGGCUGCAACUGUACUCUGCAGGCAGAAAUUGGGCAGUGAGCAAGAUUUGUUCUCAGAUUUUCAGUAACAGAACAGAGGCUCAAAAUAGGAGAUAUGUGGAGGCUUUUGACACAGAUCUCCCCUGCAUUUCCUCAUUCACAUGUAGCGGGAAACAAAAAUACCUAUGUCAUGGCACUGUUAUGUUAGUUAUUCCCCAUUCCAUGUAAGUGCCAGUCAUUGAAGUGGGAGGAGGCUAUAUUUCAAUGAUGAAUAGUGUUUGGGAUUUCUUUUUCAGUUACAUGUACCAAGGAGAUACAGGGGGUGACAUCCACAUGUCCACCUGGUUUGUAGGAUAGGCCUGACUGGAAAUUGGCGAGGUAGAAUUAUUAUGCUCUGCUGAGUACAUAGGACGGACACAGGGAUAUUAUGGAGUGAUGGAGGCAAUGGUUUGGAUGAGGCAUAUUUUCCUUUUUUCUCUCUCACAAAUACCCGUUUUUCCCUUUAACAUGGAAUUUUAUCUAUUUUUUAAGUUUUGUCUGUGUCAGCGACCAAAUGUUUCCUGUAAGCGCUGUGAAGGAUUAAGAAUUGUUGCCUCAGAAGAGGAAGCAAUAAGGUUUAAGUUGAGCUGAUGGAUGUGUUCAUAUUAGAAAUGCAGGAGUUGGGAGCUGUGUUCUAAUUUAUUAGCAAUAAAUUUAAAAAGUUUAUUCUGUAAUGUUAUAUUUAUGAAUUAAAGUCAAUAAAAGCAAA